AUGGGCAAGCAAGAAGCAAACACGACAAUGUCUCUGUUCGAGCUUCGACGAGCUGCAUUUGAAAGGUCGAUCCGUCCAUCCAUGCGCUGUGGCCAUCCUUGUCGAGGUGUAGAUCGGAAUUUGUCGGGUGGUUUACUCAAGCGAAAACCAAGCAAAAGAAAUCUCAUCUCUGGGCUUGCAUUGGCGGCGUUGGACGAGAAGAACGGAGGGUGGGUGUUGGAUCAACGCGUAGGGGAGGAAGAGUGCCUUACCUGUACAGAAAUGAAAGGAAAAGACCACUACUCUCCGGGUUUGUUCUCGACAGGUAAUGAAAUUUCAGUGCUUCACUCAUCCUACAGCGAAGGGCAGAACAAGAAAAAGAUGGAUAGAAAGUGUCUUCAGGGGCUCAAUCUCCGUGCCAAGGACUUUGUGGUCCACGAACGAGUUGAAGCAGGCUCUGUAGAGUCCAUCCAAGUGUGCGAGAGACUCGGAGCAGGGGCAUACGGGGAGGUCUUUGUGGGUAUCGAUCGGCUCUCGGGUGCAGAACGCGCCUUGAAGGUCUUUGACAAGACUUCCUUGUCGGAGUCAGACUACAAGCUCAUUCAAAACGAAGUGGAGAUCCAGCGAGAACUUGACCAUCCUGCUAUCAACAGAGUAUACAAAUGUUUCGAGUCCGAGACAGAGUUUUGUCUUUGCAUGGACAUUUGUCGUGGUGGAGAACUCUACGAAGAAGUUGCAAGCUAUGGUCCUCUCUCCGAGAAGGAUGCUGCAAUGGUCAUGCAACAGCUUUUAUCCACAGUCAAGUACUUGCACGAGCAAAACAUUACUCACAGAGAUUUGAGCUUGGACAAUGUUUUGUUUGAGUCGAAUCAAGACUUUGAUGGGGUGAAAAUCAUUGACUUUGGCCUGGCCAAGCGUUUUCAGGUGGGUGAAAGGUUUAGUGAGGUCUGUGGCAAGAUCCACUACUUGGCUCCCGAGGUUAUUCGUCAGUCCUAUGGUCCCAAGUAUGACAUUUGGCAGUGUGGUAUCAUUGCCCAUGUUCUCCUUGCUGGUUUUGCUCCCUUUGAGUCCGAAGAGGACUCGGAUGUGCGCCGGCAAAUAUUGCAAGGAAAUCUCUCCUUUGAUGAUUUGGAGUGGGAUCACAUCUCGGAAGAAGCCAAGAAUUUUGUGCGGUAUCUCCUGACGUACAAUGAAGAUUCCCGCCCUUCUGCCGAACAGGCGCUCCGCCACCCUUGGAUUGCCAAAGCCAUCAAAGCGACCUCUGACAACUUUCGUCGGCGAAGCUCUGCCUCGGUUGCCAGUGCCUUGGAGAACAUGCGAUCGUUUACAGCCACUUCCAAGCUGAAGGAUUUGUUCUGCACCUUUGCUGUUUCUCAGCUGUUGGAAAAGGAAGAGAAGGAAGAAACGGACCGUAUAUUCCAGGCAAUGGAUCUUGAUCACGAUGGAAGAUUGUCGUUUGAAGAGAUCAAGGCCGGAUACAAGGACUUUUUCAACGGCGACGUGCCAAGUGACGAGGAAUUGACCGAUCUGAUCCAUCGCAUUGGAGACUCUUCCGGGAUCAGCUAUUCCCAGUUUGUGGUUGCUUCCAUGAUUGAGAAUGCAUUUUUGCUCAAGGAGAGUCGCCUUGAAGCCGCAUUUAUGAUACUCCAGAUGGACGGCAAAGGUAUUUCCAAGGAGAGUCUAAGGAAGCAUUUGGCCCCUGGGUCAGCGCUGGAUGACGACGACUUGGAUUGCAUCAUCAUGGAGGUGGACACGGACGGUGAAGGUCGAAUAGGUUUUGAACGGUUCAAGACUAUCAUGAUUGGUUCUGCCUAA